AUGUCUUGCCACGAGCAAUUUUUCACUAGUGACGUGACGUUCAGACUGGAAUGGAUUGCCACGUGCAGCCUGCGAGUGGCAUCAGCCUGCGAGUGGCAUCAGCCUGCGAGUGGCAUCAGCCUGCGAGUGGCAUCAGCCUGCGAGUGGCAUCAGCCUGCGAGUGGCAUCAGCCUGCGAGUGGCAUCAGCCUGCGAGUGGCAUCAGCCUGCGAGUGGCAUCAGCCUGCGAGUGGCAUCAGCCUGCGAGUGGCAUCAGCCUGCGAGUGGCAUCAGCCUGCGAGUGGCAUCAGCCUGCGAGUGGCAUCAGCCUGCGAGUGGCAUCAGCCUGCGAGUGGCAUCAGCCUGCGAGUGGCAUCAGCCUGCGAGUGGCAUCAGCCUGCGAGUGGCAUCAGCCUGCGAGUGGCAUCAGCGUGCGAGUGGCAUCAGCCUGCGAGUGGCAUCAGCCUGCGAGUGGCAUCAGCCUGCGAGUGGCAUCAGCCUGCGAGUGGCAUCAGCCUGCGAGUGGCAUCAGCCUGCGAGUGGCAUCAGCCUGCGAGUGGCAUCAGCCUGCGAGUGGCAUCAGCCUGCGAGUGGCAUCAGCCUGCGAGUGGCAUCAGCCUGCGAGUGGCAUCAGCCUGCGAGUGGCAUCAGCCUGCGAGUGGCAUCAGCCUGCGAGUGGCAUCAGCCUGCGAGUGGCAUCAGCCUGCGAGUGGCAUCAGCCUGCGAGUGGCAUCAGCCUGCGAGUGGCAUCAGCCUGCGAGUGGCAUCAGCCUGCGAGUGGCAUCAGCCUGCGAGUGGCAUCAGCCUGCGAGUGGCAUCAGCCUGCGAGUGGCAUCAGCCUGCGAGUGGCAUCAGCCUGCGAGUGGCAUCAGCCUGCGAGUGGCAUCAGCCUGCGUGUGGCAUCAGCCUGCGAGUCGCAUCAGCCUGCGAGUGGCAUCAGCCUGCGAGUGGCAUCAGCCUGCGAGUGGCAUCAGCCUGCGAGUGGCAUCAGCCUGCGAAUGGCAUCAGCCUGCGAGUGGCAUCAGCCUGCGAGUGGCAUCAGCCUGCGAGUGGCAUCAGCCUGCGAGUGGCAUCAGCCUGCGAGUGGCAUCAGCCUGCGAGUGGCAUCAGCCUGCGAGUGGCAUCAGCCUGCGAGUGGCAUCAGCCUGCGAGUGGCAUCAGCCUGCGAGUGGCAUCAGCCUGCGAGUGGCAUCAGCCUGCGAGUGGCAUCAGCCUGCGAGUGGCAUCAGCCUGCGAGUGGCAUCAGCCUGCGAGUGGCAUCAGCCUGCGAGUGGCAUCAGCCUGCGAGUGGCAUCAGCCUGCGAGUGGCAUCAGCCUGCGAGUGGCAUCAGCCUGCGAGUGGCAUCAGCCUGCGAGUGGCAUCAGCCUGCGAGUGGCAUCAGCCUGCGAGUGGCAUCAGCAUGCGAGUGGCAUCAGCAUGCGAGUGGCAUCAGCCUGCGAGUGGCAUCAGCCUGCGAGUGGCAUCAGCAUGCGAGUGGCAUCAGCAUGCGAGUGGCAUCAGCAUGCGAGUGGCAUCAGCAUGCGAGUGGCAUCAGCCUGCGAGUGGCAUCAGCCUGCGAGUGGCAUCAGCAUGCGAGUGGCAUCAGCCUGCGGCUCGCCUCAUCCGUUGUGA